CUCUCCUUGCCACCUCUAGCAGGCCGUCUGCUCUUUAGGGACGAACCAUCUCACAUUCAGCCUUAUGUAUCAUCUUGCAAGGUCGACUCUGAAAUCUUAUUUACAGGAAUAGCAGAUGCAUCGAGGAAGGGCUCCGCUCUAGUCUGUGUGUGUGAGUGUGUGUGUUUUGUGUCCUUUUGUCUGUGUUAUGUGUUCCAGAAGAGCUGUGCAGCGUUUUGCAUAAGAGAGCGUGCAGACAAAGCCGGCCGGCGGGCAGACGCUGGUGUAAAGGAUGUGUUUUGGAGACCAGAAUGUAGGAAUUCAUUACCAGCAAGCUCUCUGCUGACAUAGCUGCUUCUUAGACACCCGGAGAGGAUCGGAGAGGGGGAUGCUGUCUCCCUCUAACUGGACUGUGACUGCUCUUUGUCUGCUCCCACCUCUCUCUAUCUCCCUCCUUUCUUCUUCCCCCGUCUCUCUAUCUCCCUCCUUGCCCGCUGGAUCUGGGAGUGAGGAUGUGAGCGACGAGAGGAACAAAGAGAGGAGGUCACAUUCUAACCUUCUAACCUCAAGACCUGCUGCUGGAAAUACAUCUAAAAAGGAACAACAUGCUCUGAGAGAUUCUCUCUCUCUCAUUUUUCCUCGUUUUUCUCCUCCUCUUCCUCCCCUUCUUCCUCCUCCUGUUCCUGUGUCGGGUUCCUCCGUAGAGUCACGGUUCCACCAUGUCCUUGGCGUUCUGUGGAAACGAGAACAAUUCGCUGGCAUACAACGUGGACCGCGGCAUCCUCAACAACGGCUGCUUCCUGGACGCGCUCAACGUGGUGCCGCACAUCUUCUUGCUCUUCAUCACUUUCCCCAUCCUCUUCAUUGGCUGGGGCAGCCAGAGCUCCAAGGUGCACAUCCACCACAGCACCUGGCUGCACUUCCCUGGUCACAACCUGCGCUGGCUCCUCACCUUCAUCCUCCUCUUUGUCCUGGUCUGUGAGAUUGCUGAGGGAAUUGUUUCCGAUGGGUUCACCCAGUCCCUCCACCUGCACCUGUACAUGCCUGCAGGCCUGGCCUUCAUGGCUGGGAUCACCUCCAUCAUCUACUACCACAACAUAGAGACCUCCAACUUCCCCAAGCUACUGCUAGCCCUACUGUUCUACUGGGUCUUGGCCUUUCUGAUGAAAACCAUCAAGUUCGCCAAGUACACGGAGCACAGCGUUGGCCUGAGACAACUCCGCUACUGCAUCACAGGACUCCUGGCCCUGCUCUACGGACUGCUACUGGCUGUGGAGAUCAAUGUCAUACUGGGCAGGCGCUACCUGUGUUUCACUGAGGCUACAGAGGUGAAGCCUCCAGAGGACCUGCAGGACCUGGGGGUGAGGUUCCUGCAGCCCUUCGUCAACCUGCUGUCCAAGGCCACCUAUUGGUGGAUGAACACAUUCAUCACGGCAGCCCACCGCCGCCCCAUAGACCUCAAGGUCAUCGGCAAGCUGCCUAUCGCUAUGCGAGCCCUCACCAACUACCUGAAGCUUCGCAAGGCUUUCGAGAGCCAGAGGGUAAAGAGGCCUCUGGGCUCUAUGCCGCAGGGCCCUAAGUGGAUUUGGAGGGCCCUAUGCCAGGCGUUUGGACGGCCCCUCAUCAUCAGCAUCACCUUCCGCUUCCUGGCUGACCUUCUGGGCUUCGCUGGGCCCCUGUGUAUCUCUGGCAUCGUCCAUCACAUCAGCAAGGACAACCGUACCAUACAGCCCCCGAUAAAGCUGCUGGGGGUCUACUUUAUCUCCUCUCAAGAGUUCUUGGCGAAUGCCUACGUGCUAGCCGUGCUGCUGUUCUUCGCCCUCAUCCUGCAGAGAACAUUCCUCCAGGCCUCGUAUUAUGUGGCUAUUGAGACCGGCAUCAAUUUACGAGGGGCUAUACAGACUAAGAUCUACAAUAAGAUCAUGCGGCUGUGCACCUCCAACAUGUCCAUGGGAGGACUGACCGUAGGACAGAUUUGUAACCUGGUGGCCAUAGAUACCAACCAGCUCAUGUGGUUCUUCUUCCUCUGUCCCAACCUGUGGGCCAUGCCAGUCCAGAUCAUUGUGGGGGUGAUUCUACUCUACUACCUCCUGGGGAUCAGUGCCUUGAUCGGGGCCACAGUCAUCGCUGUCCUGGCCCCUGUCCAGUACUUUGUGGCCACCAAGCUGUCCCAAGCACAGAAGAGCACUCUGGAGUACUCCAGUGAGCGGUUGAAGAAGACCAAUGAGUUGCUGCGGGGAAUCAAGCUGCUGAAGCUGUACGCCUGGGAACACAUAUUCUGUCACAGUGUGGAGGAGACCAGGGGCAAGGAGCUCACCAGUCUGCAGACCUUUGCCCUAUAUACGUCCAUAUCUAUAUUCAUGAACGCAGCCAUCCCUAUCGCAGCUGUCCUGACCACGUUUGUGGUCCAUGUGCACAUCUCUGAGGAGGCUGACCUGUCCCCUGCUGUAGCCUUUGCCUCCUUGUCCCUGUUCCACAUCCUGGUCACUCCUCUCUUCCUGCUCUCCAGUGUGGUACGGUCCACGGUCAAGGCCCUUGUCAGUGCCCAGAAGCUGAGUGAGUUCUUCAGUAGUGAUGAGAUUGGAGAUGAGCAGGAGCCAAAUGCUACCAUGCCCACGGGCCCUAGCAACCACAAUACCAUUCCCUCCGGCCCCAGAAACCACAACAACAAGUACCAGGCAGUGCCUCUGAAGGUGGUGAACAGGAAGAGACAUCCCAGGGACGAUUGGAACAACUACAGCCAUGAGGGAGGCAACCCACCCCCCCAGGAGGGAGACCAAGACCUCUGCAUCAGGAUAACCAGUGGAUAUUUCACCUGGACAGAUGGGACUCCCACCCUGUCUAACGUAAACAUCAAGGUUCCCUUUGGUCAGCUGACUAUGAUCGUGGGUCAGGUGGGUUGUGGGAAGUCGUCCCUGUUGCUGGCAGCUCUGGGAGAAAUGCAGAGAGUCUCUGGGACUGUCACCUGGAACAUUUUGCCCAGCCUGGACUCAGAGGGAGAUGACAGCCCCACAUCAGACAAAGAUGCUGCUGAUGAUGGAGAUAUCCAGAAGAGAGGCUCUGUGGCCUACGCUUCCCAGAAGCCCUGGCUGCUCAAUGCGACGCUAGUGGAGAACAUCACCUUCGAAAUGCCCAUGAUCAAACCCAGGUACAAGGCUGUCAUUGAGGCGUGUUCCCUGCAGCCGGAUAUCGACAUCCUGCCACAGGGAGACCAGACGGAGAUUGGAGAGAGGGGUAUAAUUCUGUCAGGAGGGCAACGCCAGCGUAUAGGUGUAGCCAGAGCCCUGUACCAACAGACCAAUGUGGUCUUACUGGAUGACCCGUUCUCAGCGUUGGACAUUCACCUGAGUGACCACCUGAUGCAGGAGGGCAUCUGCAAACUGCUGAGAGAAGAGAAGAGGACCGUGGUGCUGGUCACUCACAAACUACAGUACCUACCACAUGCUGACUGGAUCAUAGCGAUGAAGGACGGCACCAUUCAGACCGAGGGGACUCUAAAAGACAUCCAGAACUCUGAUCCUAAGCUGUUUGAACAGUGGAAGACCCUGAUGCACCGGCAGGACUGGGAGUUUGAGAAGGAGACAGUGGCUGAGAGUAUGACGGUGUUGGAGCGUAAGAACCUGCGGAGGGCGAUGUACUCCAAGGAAGCUGCCAAGACUGAGGAGGAGCACGAAGAAGAGUCUGUGGAAAGUGAGGAGGAUGACAGCCUGUCCCAGGCCAUGCGUCACCGCACCACCAUCCCCUGGCGCUCCUGUGGGGUCUACCUGUCCUCUGCAGGGCUUCUCCUGCCGCUGCUCCUCCUAUCACAGCUCUUCAAACACACCCUCAUGGUUGCCAUCGACUACUGGCUGGCCCACUGGACCUCCCACGUCAUCACUGCCAAGAUGGACGCCACCGGGAGAAACUGCACCGUCGCUCAGGAGUGUGGUUUCAGCCACUCGUGGUACCUGUCAGUGUUCAGUGUGCUGUGCUGUCUGGGCAUCGUUCUGUGUCUGGUCACCUCUGUGGCUGUAGAGUGGACAGGCCUGAGAGUGGCCAAAGAACUACACCACAACCUGCUCAGCAAGAUCAUACUGGCACCUAUGAGGCUGUUUGAGACCACUCCCCUGGGUAACAUCCUCAACAGGUUCUCCUCUGACACCAACACCAUAGACCAGCACAUCCCUGCCACCCUGGAGUGUCUGAGUCGCUCCACCCUGCUGUGUGUGUCGGCGCUGGGGGUUAUCUCCUAUGUGACCCCUGUGUUCCUCAUUGCUCUGGUGCCCCUGGCCAUCGCCUGCUACUUCAUACAGAAGUACUUCCGGGUUGCCUCCAGGGACCUCCAGCAGUUGGAGGAUAGUACCCAGCUCCCUCUCCUGUCCCACUUCUCAGAGACAGUGGAGGGCCUCACCACCAUCCGGGCAUUCAGGUACGAGUCCAGGUUCAGACAGAGGUUAUUGGAGUAUACUGAUGCCAACAACAUCGCAUCUCUCUUCCUCACAGCAGCCAAUCGCUGGCUAGAGGUCCGCAUGGAGUAUGUAGGAGCCUGUGUUGUUCUGAUAGCAGCCGUGGCCUCCAUCAGCAACUCUCUGUACAACCACCUCUCCACUGGCCUGGUGGGACUCGGACUCACCUACACACUCAUGGUAUCCAACUACCUGAACUGGAUGGUGCGGAACCUGGCAGACAUGGAGGUUCAGCUGGGUUCAGUCAAGAGGAUCAACGGCCUGCUGAAGACUGAGCCUGAGAACUACGAGGGACUGAUGGCUGCAUCUCAGGUGCCGGAUGGCUGGCCACGGCAAGGAGAGAUUCAGAUCCAGAACCUGAGUGUGCGUUACGACACCACCCUGAAACCUGUCCUCAAACAAGUCAACGCACACAUCAGCCCUGGACAGAAGGUGGGGAUCUGUGGUAGGACAGGAAGUGGGAAGUCUUCUUUCUCCUUGGCCUUCUUCCGCAUGGUCGACAUGUUCGAGGGGCGUAUCAUCAUAGAUGACAUUGACAUCGCCAAGCUGCCUCUGCAGACUCUGAGGUCUAGAUUCUCCAUCAUCCUCCAGGACCCCAUCUUAUUCAGCGGAACCAUCCGGUUUAACCUGGACCCAGAGAUGAAGGCUACAGACGAUAUGCUGUGGGAGGCUCUGGAGAUCGCUCAGCUCAAACCUGUAGUCAAGACUUUACCAGGAGGACUGGACGCCAUGGUGACGGAGGGAGGGGAGAACUUCAGCCAGGGCCAGAGACAGCUCUUCUGUCUGGCCAGAGCCUUCGUCAGGAAGUCUAGCAUCCUCAUCAUGGAUGAAGCCACAGCCUCUAUAGACAUGGCCACGGAGAGCAUCCUGCAGAAGGUGGUAAUGACUGCCUUCGCUGACAGAACAGUGGUUACCAUAGCACAUCGUGUCCACACCAUCCUGAAUGCAGACCUGGUGAUAGUGAUGAAGAGAGGGAUCAUUCUAGAAUACGACAGACCCCAGGCACUGCUGGAGAAAGAGGACAGCGUCUUUGCAGCAUUCGUCAAGGCGGACAAGUGACCGAUGAGGAAGAGGGAGGAAAUUCAAAGUGCAUUUGAAGAGCUUAUUUCCAAAACGCUAUAUCCACCAAUUUUUAACAUUUGUGCUUUUUCAUCAGAAAUGUUUGCGUAUGUGUAUAUUCAUGUGUGUGUAAAAUAUUACUAUUCUUAGAUUUUUUUAUUCAUAGAUUUUAGAUGUGUAAGAAAAUGUUUUUUUCUAAAUGCUAUAUAUUCAUUGUUUAGUUGGAAUGUAAUGUUUGUAUCCUGUAUAUUUGACUGUGAUAUGUGGUGGUCUCACCUAGAUAUCUUAAGAUGAAUGCACUUAGUGUAAGUCGCUCUGGAUAAGAGCAUCUGCCAAAUGUAAAUGUUUUACAUACAGAUCUGAUAUUACUGUAUUGACUUUUUAAAAUAUUUAUGUCACACAUUUAUAAUUUGUACAUUUCUUACAUUUGACUGUGUAGGCGAAUAUUUAAAUACAGUGGGGCAAAAAAGUAUUUAGUCAGCCACCAAUUGUGCAAGUUCUCCCACUUAAAAAGACGAGAGAGGCCUGUAAUUUUCAUCAUAGGUACACUUCAACUAUGACAGACAAAAUGAGAAGAAAAAAAAUCCAGAAAUCACAUUGUAGGAUUUUUAAUGAAUUUAUUUGCAAAUUAUGGUGGAAAACAAGUAUUUGAUCAAUAACAAAAGUUUCUCAAUACUUUGUUGUAUACCCUUUGUUGGCAAUGACAGAGGUCAAACAUUUUCUGUAAGUCUUCACAAGAUUUUCACACACUGUUGCUGGUAUUUUGGCCCAUUCCUCCAUGCAGAUCUCUUCUAGAGCAGUGAUGUUUUGGGGCUGUUGCUGGGCAACACAGACUUUCAACUCCCUCCAAAGAAAUUCUAUGGGGUUGAGAUCUGGAGACUGGCUAGGCCACUCCAGGACCUUGAAAUGCUUCUUACGAAGCCACUCCUUCAUUGCCCGGGCGGUGUGUUUGGGAUCAUUGUCAUGCUGAAAGACCCAGCCACGUUUAAUCUUCAAUGCCCUUGCUGAUGGUAGGCUUUGUUACUUUGGUCCCAGCUCUCUGCAGGUCAUUCACUAGGUCCCCCUGUGUGGUUCUGGGAUUUUUGCUCACCGUUCUUGUGAUCAUUUUGACCCCACGGGGUGAGAUCUUGCGUGGAGCCCCAGAUCGAAGGAGAUUAUCAGUGGUCUUGUAUGUCUUCCAUUUCCUAAUAAUUGCUCCCACAGUUGAUUUCUUCAAACCAAGCUGCUUACCUAUUGCAGAUUCAGUCUUCCCAGCCUGGUGCAGGUCUACAAUUUUGUUUCUGGUGUCCUUUGACAGCUCUUUGGACUUGGCCAUAGUGGAGUUUGGAGUGUGACUGUUUGAAGUUGUGGACAGGUGUCUUUUAUACUGAUAACAAGUUCAAACAGGUGCCAUUAAUACAGGUAACGAGUGGAGGACAGAGGAGCCUCUUAAAGAAGAAGUUACAGGUCUGCGAGAGCCAGAAAUCUUGCUUGUUUGUAGGUGAUCAAAUACUUAUUUUUCUACAAUAAUUAGCAAAUAAAUUCAUUAAAAAUCCUACAAUGUGAUUUUCUGGAGAUUUUUUAAAGUAAUUUUGUCGGUCAUAGUUGAAGUGAACUUAUGAUGAAAAUUACAGGCCUCUCUCAUCUUUUUAAGUGGGAGAACUUGCACAAUUUGUGGCUGACUAAAUACUUUUUUGCCCCGCUGUAUAUACAGUGCCUUGCGAAAGUAUUCGGCCCCCUUGAACUUUGCGAACUUUUGCCACAUUUCAGGCUUCAAACAUAAAGAUAUAAAACUGUAUUUUUUUGUGAAGAAUCAACAACAAGUGGGACACAAUCAUGAAGUGGAACGACAUUUAUUGGAUAUUUCAAACUUUUUUAACAAAUCAAAAACUGAAAAAUUGGGCGUGCAAAAUUAUUCAGCCCCUUUACUUUCAGUGCAGCAAACUCUCUCCAGAAGUUCAGUGAGGAUCUCUGAAUGAUCCAAUGUUGAUCUAAAUGACUAAUGAUGAUAAAUACAAUCCACCUGUGUGUAAUCAAGUCUCCGUAUAAAUGCACCUGCACUGUGAUAGUCUCAGAGGUCCGUUAAAAGCGCAGAGAGCAUCAUGAAGGAGAAGGAACACACCAGGCAGGUCCGAGAUACUGUUGUGAAGAAGUUUAAAGCCGGAUUUGGAUACAAAAAGAUUUCCCAAGCUUUAAACAUCCCAAGGAGCACUGUGCAAGCGAUAAUAUUGAAAUGGAAGGAGUAUCAGACCACUGCAAAUCUACCAAGACCUGGCCGUCCCUCUAAACUUUCAGCUCAUACAAGGAGAAGACUGAUCAGAGAUGCAGCCAAGAGGCCCAUGAUCACUCUGGAUGAACUGCAGAGAUCUACAGCUGAGGUGGGAGACUCUGUCCAUAGGACAACAAUCAGUCGUAUAUUGCACAAAUCUGGCCUUUAUGGAAGAGUGGCAAGAAGAAAGCCAUUUCUUAAAGAUAUCCAUAAAAAGUGUUGUUUAAAGUUUUCCACAAGCCACCUGGGAGACACACCAAACAUGUGGAAGAAGGUGCUGAGUCUGGGACGGAGAUUUGUCUUCCAACAAGACAAUGAUCCAAAACAUAAAGCAAAAUCUACAAUGGAAUGGUUCAAAAAUAAACAUAUCCAGGUGUUAGAAUGGCCAAGUCAAAGUCCAGACCUGAAUCCAAUCGAGAAUCUGUGGAAAGAACUGAAAACUGCUGUUCACAAAUGCUCUCCAUCCAACCUCACUGAGCUCGAGCUGUUUUGCAAGGAGGAAUGGGAAAAAAUGUCCAGUCUCUCGAUGUGCAAAACUGAUAGAGACAUACUCCAAGCGACUUACAGCUGUAAUCGCAGCAAAAGGUGGCGCUACAAAGUAUUAACUUAAGGGGGCUGAAUAAUUUUGCAUGCCUAAUUUUUCAGUUUUUGAUUUGUUAAAAAAGUUUGAAAUAUCCAAUAAAUGUCGUUCCACUUCAUGACUGUGUCCCACUUGUUGUUGAUUCUUCACAAAAAAAUACAGUUUUAUAUCUUUAUGUUUGAAGCCUGAAAUGUGGCAAAAGGUCGCAAAGUUCAAGGGGGCCGAAUACUUUCGCAAGGCACUGUAAGGAAUUUGGCUAAAAAAAGACAUGAUUAUUUGUCUCUCUGAAAUGAAACCAUCAAGUGAUAGAUUUUAAACAAAUACAUGCCUGUCACUGAAAAACCCCAUGACAUGAUUAGAUUGGUGAGUGUUUUCACUAUCUCUUUCAGAAGUUCUUUAAUCAAGAAAAGCUCAUUUAUCAACAUUUCUGAAAAUGGAUAUAUAGCAAUUUAGAAUGAAACUCUUUACUUGUACCAUGGGCUGUAUAUUAUUAUUCUAUUUUUGUACAUAAAAUGUUAAUUCUAUGUUAAUAA